UUGCCUAUCCAAAGCGUGAGCCUUGCUUCGGAGUCCUUGGUUUACAGCUACAGCAAGAGCUUCAAUGGCUUUGCUGCCAAGCUGACAAAGGCCGAGUCAGAGAAACUGUCUGGACACGAAAGUGUAGUGUCCGUUUUCCCCAAUCGAUUGAGACAAUUACACACGACCAGAUCAUGGGAUUUCAUAGGCUUCCCCCAGAAUGUCACGAGAACGACUGUGGAGAGCGACGUUAUCAUCGGAAUGCUUGACUCCGGAAUCUGGCCGGAAUCUCAAAGCUUCAACGAUUCUGGCAAGAUAAUUGGAGCUAGAUUCUAUCACGCCGGUGAAGACUUCAAGAAUGGCGAAAUCCCAUCUCCAAGGGAUUCGGAAGGUCACGGGACUCACACCGCAUCCACGGCAGCAGGCAACACAGUGACUCCGGCCAGCCUCCUCGGCCUCGCCUCCGGGACAGCCCGCGGCGGGGUCCCUUCCGCCCGAAUCGCCGUCUACAAGAUCUGCUGGGAAGAUGGCUGUUCGGAUGCCGACAUUUUAGCAGCUUUUGAUGACGCUAUUGCUGACGGAGUCGACAUUAUCUCCCUGUCGGUCGGAGGUUGGCCACAAGACUAUUUCGAGGACUCCAUAGCUAUUGGAGCUUUCCAUUCCAUGAAGAAUGGCAUCCUUACGUCGAACUCGGCUGGAAGCUUGAACAAGACAUUGGUGCAAGGCAAAAUUGUGGUUUGCAACGGUGUCAACCAAGGGACUGAGCAAGUUAGAGUGGGUGCCGCCGGUUCCACAAUGAUUCCUCCUCCCAAAACUGUUAAUCUACGUGAGGUGGCAUAUCCAUUUCCUUUACCUGUUUCCAUCUUGACCCAUGCCGAUGGAGUUGACCUUUUGGAGUACAUCAACUCAACCAGGUACCCGGACCUUACAGCACCGGGAGUCGAUAUCCUGGCAGCAUGGUCUGAAGCUACCACCAUAACAGGACAAAAUGGGGACACGAGAAUCGUCCCGUUUAACAUAAUCUCCGGCACUUCCAUGUCUUGUCCCCACGCCUCAGCAGCAGCAGCUUACGUUAAAUCGUUUCAUCCUACCUGGUCUCCGGCCGCCAUCAAGUCUGCUCUGAUGACAACAGCUCGUCAACUAAGCGUCGAAGAUAACAGUGAUGCCGAGUUUGCAUACGGGUCGGGCCAGAUCGACCCGAUCAAGGCCGUGAAUCCGGGACUGGUAUAUGACGCCGGGGAGAUCGAUUAUGUUAGGAUGUUGUGUGGGCAAGGAUACAACCUUACACAACUCCGCCUUGUCACCGGAGACCAGAGUACUGUUUGUUCUGGAACUACCAGAACCGUGGGGGAUCUAAACUACCCUUCUUUUGCUCUGUCGUACGAUAAACCUACGUCGAUCACUCGCUUGUUUCGUAGAACCGUUACGAACGUGGGACCCGCACCGACAACGUACAAGGUCUUCAUUGAUGUCCCAGAGGAGCUCGAGAUCCGAGUUGAACCAGAGGUGCUCUUUUUCAAUGAGACCGGAGAGAAGCAAUCGUUCGUCGUGAUUGUCACGGCUGCGCUGGAAACAAGCAUGUUAUCUGGCUCUUUCAUUCUGAGUAAUGGGAUCCACCUAGUGAGGAGUCCGGUUGUCGCGUUUGUUUCGGGACAAGAGGAUAUUUAG